AUGUUAGAAAAUUUGGUUUUUCUACUGAGUGAUGUCUGCCAGGUCAUGGGCUUUAGAAUUCCCAGUACAUCUGAUGCAGACAAAUCCAAUAGCUUUAGAAUUCCCAGUACAUCUGAUGCAGUCAAUUCCAAUAGCUUUAGAAUUCCCAGUACAUCUGAUGCAGACAAAUCCAAUAGCUUUAGAAUUCCCAGUACAUCUGAUGCAGUCAAUUCCAAUAGCUUUAGAAUUCCCAGUACAUCUGAUGCAGUCAAUUCCAAUAGCUUUAGAAUUUCCAGUACAUCUGAUGCAGUCAAUUCCAAUAGCUUUAGAAUUCCCAGUACAUCUGAUGCAGACAAAUCCAAAAGCUUUAGAAUUCCCAGUACAUCUGAUGCAGACAAAUCCAAUAGCUUUAGAAUUCCCAGUACAUCUGAUGCAGACAAAUCCAAUAGCUUUAGAAUUCCCAGUACAUCUGAUGCAGUCAAUUCCAAUAGCUUUAGAAUUCCCAGUACAUCUGAUGCAGACAAAUCCAAUAGCUUUAGAAUUCCCAGUACAUCUGAUGCAGACAAAUCCAAUAGCUUUAGAAUUCCCAGUACAUCUGAUGCAGACAAAUCCAAUAGCUUUAGAAUUCCCAGUACAUCUGAUGCAGACAAAUCCAAUAGCUUUAGAAUUCCCAGUACAUCUGAUGCAGACAAAUCCAAUAGCUUUAGAAUUCCCAGUACAUCUGAUGCAGACAAAUCCAAUAGCUUUAGAAUUCCCAGUACAUCUGAUGCAGACAAAUCCAAUAGCUUUAGAAUUCCCAGUACAUCUGAUGCAGACAAAUCCAAUAGCUUUAGAAUUCCCAGUACAUCUGAUGCAGACAAAUCCAAAAGCUUUAGAAUUCCCAGUACAUCUGAUGCAGACAAAUCCUCGUAUAUGAAAGCAGACAGUGGUUUGCGCUAA